CGAUAUAGAUGACAGGGUGAAAACGGUUGCCCUCCAUGCCUGCUCCGGGCGAUCAACACCAGGCCUGGGCCAACCCCUUUGAAGAGACAAAGCCGCGCAUCGCAGAGUGGACAGCCAAAGAAAUCGCCACCAUCGCCUCACGGCUCGACAAGCAGCUCGGGCCCGAGUACAUUUCCUCGCGCGCCGGCCCGGGCGGUUCACGGGUGCACUAUCUCACGGCCGAAAAGGUCAUCGGCUUGGCCAACGAGGUCUUUGGCUUCAACGGCUGGUCGUCGUCGAUCCAAAACAUCCAGGUGGACUUUGCCGACGAAAACCAGGCGUCGGGGCGUGUGAGCAUCGGCUUGUCUGUCAUUGUCCGCGUCACGCUGCGCGACGGGACGUACCAUGAGGACGUCGGGUACGGGUCGAUUGAGAAUGCAAAGGGAAAGGCCAUGGCCUUUGAGAAGGCGAAGAAGGAGGGCACGACAGAUGCGCUGAAGAGGACGCUGCGGAACUUUGGCAACGUGCUGGGGAACUGCAUCUACGACCAGGACUACGUCAAGCAGGUCACCAAGAUUAAGACGCAGACGAACAAGAAGUUUGAUCCGGAUAAUCUUCACCGACACUCGGAUUUCGUCAAGAGGGAUCCACCGAACGGCAACAUGAGCAUUGCCGGCAACAACACAGCUGCAGCGAAUGUACCUACCACAACUGCUGCUGGUGGUCCUACAUCUGCAGCGGGGGGCUUCAAGCUGGAACCAAUGGACUCAUUUGAUGACUUCUUAGGGGAACUCGAUGAGGCCGAUUUUUGCGUUCCGGGAGAUGGCCAUCCCGAUGAGAUCAUGGUCCCCAACGGUGCCAAUCCCGCUCCCGAAAAGCCUUCUGCCAACGAAUCUCGGCCCGGCCAGCCAGCAAAGCCCAUAUCUGGGAACAACAUGAACCGACCGCCGCAGCCGCAGCCGCAUACACCCAGACAGGGCCCACCGCCGCGGCCGCAGAAUGCGCAGCAGGGCAAGGACUCUACGAACCAAGCGAUGGCGCCUCCUCCUCAGGCACCUCCGGGAGAGCCUGUGGCUUUCUUCUCGGCGAAAGCUGCCCUGGCUGAUGCCAAUCCGUCUGCUGGCACCCAGAACCAGCCGAAACAGCUCUUCAAUCCCAAGGCUGAAAGCCCUUCGAUUCGCAAGACGCCCGGAAUCGACCACUCUUCAUCCAAACCGGUUGCGAGGAACGGCCAGCAUGUCCCUCCCGCUAACAGCCAAGCGACAUCUGCGCCAAGCGGCAACGCCGGUGGCUUUACGCCGCUACGGCAGGGAAUCAGCAGUUCCCAAGCCAGGGGCACCGCGCUGAAUCCGUCGCUGGACCAAGCUCGCCGAAUAGGAGCCCCGGGCGUCGGCAGCCCGCUUGCGAAUCGAGGACAAUAUAAGCCCCCGACAAUGAAACGAACAUUGCCGACUGAGAGCAACGCGGCCAGUGGACCAAGGGCUCCCCUUGUGGACAUUGCGACAAAUGCAAGCAAUGGUGGUGGCGGGGAUGAGCUGGAUGCAAAGAGGCAAAAAGUAGCAUGA